GAACUCACAACAAACAUGACGCGCACACAAACACAUAUAUACGCGCCCACACACAAAUAAACCUUCACCACCUUCACUCUCAAAUACUCCUUACACAACAAUCAUUAUUCCCCAAACACUUUCUUCACCAUGGUUCGCUUCAGCAACAACAUUAUCGGACUCCUCAAUUUCCUCACCUUCCUCCUCUCCAUCCCGAUCCUGGGGGGCGGAGUGUGGCUCAGCAAGCACGCCAGCACCGAGUGCGAUCGGUGGCUGGAGAAGCCGGUGAUCGCAAUCGGUGUUUUCCUGUUGGUUGUUUCACUCGCUGGCCUCAUCGGCGCGUGCUGUCGCGUGACAUGGCUACUCUGGGUCUACCUGCUCGUGAUGUUCUUGCUCAUCGUUAUUCUCUUCGCCUUCACCAUCUUCGCCUUCGUUGUCACCAACAAGGGCGCUGGUGAGGCCGUGUCUAAGAGAGGCUAUAAGGAGUAUAGGCUCGGGGAUUACUCCAAUUGGUUGCAGAAAAGGGUGAACAACCCUAAGACGUGGAACAGGAUCAAGAGUUGCUUACAGUCUGGGAAAGUCUGUACUGAAUUCCAAAACAAGUUCCUAAACGACACCUUUCCUGACUUCUACACCGAGAACCUCUCCGCGCUUCAGUCCGGUUGUUGUAAGCCUGCUGAUGAGUGCAAUUUUACCUAUGUGAAUCCAACUACAUGGACAAAGACCGCAAAUGCUACUCUGAACAACCCUGAUUGUACUACUUGGGAUAACGAUCCCAACAUUCUGUGCUUCGAUUGCCAAUCAUGCAAGGCUGGCUUACUGCAAAACCUGAAGACUGAUUGGAAGAAGGUGGCUGUUAUUAACAUCGUAGUCCUGGUCUUCCUCGUUAUUGUCUACUCCAUAGGUUGUUGUGCUUUCAGGAAUAACAGGCAGGAGAAUUGGAAGAGAUAUUAGUUAGGUUCAUUUGAUUAUUCACUUAUUACUAUUCUAUUACCCUGUUCAUGAAUGUGCUAGGCAAUUUGGUUUAUAUGCUUGAUUUUUUACUUUUUAGUGAGUUUUAUAAAAUGCUGGAUUAUACUAUUUUAAGCACAGACUAUUGUGUAAAUUGCUCAGUUUUUUUUAUCGCAUUUCUUAGUAACAUCUGUACGUA